UAAAUGGCCGGCGAGGGCUGCCUGCUGCUGGGCCCCUAGCGGCGAGUGAAGUUUCUGCCUCUCGGCAAGUUCCUGGUGCAAAAUAGAGGCGCUGCGGAAGCAGGGUCGGGUCAGCUCCAUGGCCUUCAUUCGGAAGAGGCGGCAGGAGCAGGAGCUCUACUCCAAAGAGAGAUUUUCCUUAUUACUCCUUAAUCUGGAAGAAUACUACUUUGAACAACAUACAGCUAAUUAUAUUUUAAAGAAAGAUAGCAAGGGAAUAAGGAAAAUUAAAGGAUCAUUUAAAAUCUGCUCAAAAUCAGUGAUAUUUGAGCCUGAUGAAAUAAGCCAUCCCAUUAUUAAGAUUCCUUUGAGAGAUUGUAUUAAAAUUGAAGCACCAGAAUAUAGUGGGAAUUAUUCCUUUACAAGUGGUACUUCUGGGCAGAUUGCUAUUUUAUCUAGUCAAGCUUUUCUCACUAAAGAACAAAAUAUCAUCGCACCCUUUAAAACCGAAAGAGGUCAAACUAAAUAUGUAUUUGAACUGGAUGUUGCUGGAAAAGUCGAAGAUAUCAUACAAACACUUCAUCAAUUAUACAGAGCAUCGCACUUGGACAAGCUAGGGGACCAGGCUGCUAUGAUAACUGCUAUUCUACAGUCACGUUUGGCCAGAACAUCAUUUGAUAAGAACAGAUUUCAGAAUGUUUCUGAAACGCUACAUAUGGAAUGUAAAGCGGAAAUGGUCACUCCAUUGGUAACAAAUCCAGGGCAUGUAUGCAUCACUGAUGAAAACCUGUAUUUCCAGCCUCUCAAUGGCUAUCCUAAACCUGUGGUACAAGUGACACUGCGUAGUGUCAGACGCAUCUAUAAAAGAAGACAUAGCCUGUCGCCUUUGGGUCUGGAAGUAUUUUGCACCGAGAAUGAUUUAUGUUCAGACAUCUAUUUGAAAUUCAACAACACUGAGGACCGAGAUAAUGUAUAUUUCUACGUGUCAACAUAUUUAGAAAAUCAUAUUACAGAGCACACCGCGGAGAGCUACAUGUUACAAUGGCAACGAGGACAUAUCUCAAACUACCAAUACCUUCUUCAUCUCAAUAAUCUGGCUGAUCGGAGCUGCAACGAUCUUUCCCAGUACCCUGUCUUUCCAUGGAUCAUAGCAGAUUAUUCUAGCUCAGAACUAGAUCUAACAAAUCCUGAAACUUUUCGUGACCUUAGUAAACCUGUAGGUGCACUAAAUAAAGAAAGAUUGGAAAGAUUACUGGUGCGUUAUCAAGAAAUGCAAGAACCAAAAUUUAUGUAUGGCAGCCACUACUCAUCACCAGGUUAUGUUCUCUUUUACCUGGUCAGAGUUGCACCAGAGCAUAUGCUUUGCUUACAAAAUGGAAAGUUUGAUCAUCCUGACAGAAUGUUCAACAGCAUUGCAGAAACUUGGAAGAACUGUUUAGAUGGGGCAACAGACUUCAAAGAGUUAAUCCCUGAGUUCUAUGAAAAUGAUUCUAGUUUCUUAUUAAAUAAUCUGAAACUGGACUUGGGGAAGACACAAGGAGGAAAGAUGGUUGACAAUGUAGAACUUCCUCCUUGGGCAUCAGAUGCCAAUGAUUUUCUCCAGAAGAGUCAAGAUGCUUUAGAAAGCCAGUAUGUGUCAGAACAUCUCCAUGAAUGGAUUGAUCUUGUGUUUGGCUAUAAGCAGAAGGGCAAUGAAGCCAUUGCAGCUCAGAAUGUAUUUCAUCCUUUAACCUAUGAAGGAGGAGUAGAUCUGAACAGCAUUAUGGACACAAAUGAAAGAGUAGCUCUGUUGACACAAAUCUUGGAAUUUGGACAGACUCCAAAACAAUUGUUCACAAUCCCUCAUCCAAGAAGGAUAAUUCCAAAGUUAAAAAGUUGGUCUCGAGCGUCCAGCUAUAGCCUCUCUGUGACUGAAUCUUCAGUUUCUCCAGGUGAAGAAUCUUUUGAAGAUCUGACAGAAGAAAGCAUCUUACUUUCCUGGAAUAACAUGGCCAGUUUAAAACUUGAUGGGCAGUACAAGAUCCACAAAGGGCCAAUAACCGGAAUUGCCAUGUGUUCUACUUCUAACCAAUCUUCCAUCUUUACUACAUCUCUAGAUUCAACUUUGAAGAUGUUUUCGGCAGAUUCAAAAAUGCUUCAGAGGAGUGUGUCUUUCUCAAACAUGGCUUUGUCGUCUUGUUUAAUCUUACCAGGGAAUAGCACCGUUGCAUGUUCUUCAUGGGACAAUAAUAUCUAUUUCUACUCAGUAGCUUUUGGAAGGCAGCAGGACACCUUAAUAGGGCAUCAUGAUGCUGUCAGCAAGAUCUGUUGGCAUAAUAAUCGUUUAUAUUCUGCAUCUUGGGAUUCAACAAUAAAAGUGUGGCACUGUAAUCCAACAGAAUUGUUAAACACUAAGAAACAUUUUGAAUUGCUUGCUGAAUUGGAACAUGAUGUUAGUGUAACAACUAUCACCUUGAAUCCUGCAUAUACUCUGCUAGCAUCUGGAACAAAAGAUGGAACUAUUAGUAUAUGGGAUGUUACUGCUGCUUCUAUACUGCAUCGCCUUCCAUGUCAUUCAGCAACUGUUUUGGAUGUUGCUUUCAGUCCUGAUGGCCGACACCUAUUAAGCACAGGAGAAGAUGCCCAUUUUAAAGUUACAGAUGUGCAAACUGGAAUGAUUAUCUCUUCUGUAGCUUUGGAGCAGACUCAAAGAUGUUUCAAGUGGGAUGGACACAUAGUUUUAUCAGGAAGUCAGUCGGGAGAAUUGUUUGUUUGGGAUAUACUUGGAGGAAAAACAGUAGGAAAAAUUCCAGGACAUGCAGGUGCUGUUACUUGUAUGUGGAUGAAUGACCAGUGCAGCAAUAUAAUUACUGGAGGAGAAGACAGACAAAUUGUGUUCUGGAAACAGCAAUACUAAGUGCUUUUUCUCUGAUAAUCUCAAUCCUUAAUAUUUUUAAACCAGAAUUUUAAAAGGACCUUGCUAAAAUGUAAAAAUGCUUUCUAUAGUUCAAACAGAACUUCUGGUCCCCUUCGUAUAUUGAUGAAGACUCUAAAAUGUUACAAAUGUCUAUAUGCUCUUGCCUAUUUACUGAAUACUGUAGCAGCUUGAGGUACUUGUCUUAUACUCCUGUUGAAAAUAAACUUAUUUUUCAAUAACCAAUAUGUUUUAACUUGAAAUCAUACUACUCUCUAUGUUGUUCCUUGUAUGUUUGUUUUCAAAUCAGUGUUGAUGUCUGGAGACUGCCUAGACCAGCGAUGGCUAACCUUUUCAUCCUUGUGUGCAG